UAACCUGCAAAUUGAAAAAGUUGAUUCUUUGAUUCCUCUUUUUUUACAACCUUUCAUCUAUUAUUACUUUUUUUGUAUAUUCACAUAACUCCAUUCUUGAAGUGUAAAAAAGAUCAAAUCUUGAAUCAAGUAAGCAAAAAACAAACAAAACAUGGAAAUCUUGAUCAAGAAAGUUCAUUUUCUAGUCUUUUUGAUCAUUUUUAUGAAUUUUUCCUUUUCACAAUCAACACAAAUGUAUUGUGGAAACAUAAAGAUUGAAGAUCCAUUUGUUACUCAAAACUCAAAAAAUUCAUCUUUCUUGAAGAGCCUUGUCCUUUGUAGAUCAAACACUUUAUACUUUAAAACUUCUCUUGAUGGCCUUUUCCAAAUCUCUUCAAUUGAUUACAAAAACAAACUUUUAACUAUUUCUCAUCCUUCUUUUUCUUGUUUGAUGAUUAAUGAUGUUCAAGAAAUGAAAUGUUCACAUUAUAGAAGAGUUUAUAAAAAUGUGAAAAUUGAGUUAGGGACAAGGAUAUCUUGGGAUGUUGAUCAUGUACCAAAUCCUUGUGAUGAGUGUAGAAAACCUCAUGGGAAUUGUGGAGUUGGAUUGAGAUGUCUUUGCCAUAUAACAGAAUGUAAGGUGGAGGUUUCUGUUGGUGCAAUUAAGAGAUCUAGUGGUACUAUGCUCUUCUCUUUGCUUUUCUUGAUUGUACUUUUGAAUCAUCUUGAAGGGGUUUUAAUGUAGUUAAAUUCAUCACUAUCAUGUGUAAAAACAAAGAUAUAUUUACUUUAACUUACUUUCUAUGACAAAGAAUGAGAAUUUGGCAUUUAUGAAA